UCCCAACGCCUCAACGGAGUUGACGCAUCAACAUUAUCUUCUUUAAAAAAUCACCCAUUUUAUCAAGUCACGUCUUUUAAAGCCACCACAAUGCCUACAGAUUAUCAUGAGAUUGAGGAUCGAAUCCAGAAGGCUAUCUGCGCGUUAAAACACGUUCAUAAACCCAAUAUUGCGCAAUUUGCGCGAGAAUACAAGGUGAAGCCCAGGAUCUUGCUUUACUACGCUAUGUUCAACUUCUUGAUAAACGGUUUAUUCCAAUUCGGCCAAAAAUGA